CAAAUUAAAAACUGAACUCGUCUGCGACAAUUUCUUGUUGGUUCCUAAAAUAUUUUCACUUUUCUUUUUUAAACUUACAUUAUUCUUUAAAUAUUAAAUGUAGUUAAUCAUCUAAAUUCCUAUGUGAUUUGUUCAAAGUGCCAAAUUGAUGUUUCCACUGUGUUGGUAUUAUGAAUCAGGUUGAUCAAAAUAUAAACAAAGAUAUGAUUGAAUCUGAUCUGAUCGACGUGGAAUCUUUGGAUUAUUCCGAUGAUCAGACGUGGCUGUAUACUGUACCCAAUGACUCUGGUGACAAAGUGGAUAUUGUAGAUUUAUCUUGUGACUGGCCAAUUGAUGAAGAUGAUGAGUACCAACAGUUGGAAAAGAAACUUAAUGGUAUACUCGAUAAUAUACUCAAAAACGAUGUCGCUCUACCGGACAAGCACACAUUCGACUCUCGCACAUACGUCAGACCGAAGAAACGACCGCAAAGGCCCAGCAUACAAAGCAUCAUCGAAGUGUCUUCCAACAACCCGUCGCCCAAUCACUCGCUGAACCAAUCGGCCAACAAGUACUUGACGUACAACAAGUACAGCAUGCCGCUGGGACCGAUCAGCCCUAUGUUAAGACUGAAGACGUUUAACGUCGACACCAACAGCGACAAUAGCCAUGUCGUCAAAGAGUACGCGAUGAAGAGGCGGAGUUUAGUACAAGACGAGGAUCCUCAGUUGGAGGAUCUUGACGUAACGCUGGCCUCCGAGGUGUCAGAUCGGUUGUCAUCGGAGAACACUCCUACGCCGCCGUCCAGGCCGAUCAACAUCGACCUCUCGCAGCCAGCGCACAACCUUCACAAUACAUUCAACAAGGGUCUCACGAACAUGAUGAACGAUCGCGGCAGUCUCAACAUGUAUCAGAGUGGGGAAUCCUUAAUGCGCAUGUCACCACCGAGCCUCGUGUCCUCUAUACUAAUGGAGAGCUCGGGCAACUUCAACGCGGAGUCCCUGGACAGUAGAAAGUCACUGUCUUCCACGCACAGAGACUCGGGAAUUCCCCAACAAGGCCGCGAAAGCAUCGACCCCAUGAUGACAAGUAUGACGCUAAGCAUCUUAGACGAGAAGGACAUGAGCACCAGUUUCCUCUCACAAACCACUUAUCCCGACAACGAUAGCUUGAUGGAUUCCAUGCCACCAAGUCUCGUCAGCUCCGUCAAUUCCUCCUACGUCGUCUCCAAUACUUCCAAACCCAAAGGAGAUACCUCGCAAGACUCCAACAUAUUCAGUUCUGUCACAUUCACACACCUAGAACAAUCAGAAAAACUCCUAUCAGCCAGACCUCGGUGCCAACUCUUCAAUAGCUUUACGAAACGAGACUCUAAUAUCAAAAACUCGGAAAGCUACACAAAGUCCCGCGAAGAAGCGUGCCAAAUCGACACAAGCAAGAUCUUAAACGAAAACGGCGAAAAGAAGGACUCGUUAAAAUCUACACCGAAAACAAAUCCAAACAUGGCGGAAACGAUAACGUUACACUACUCAAACUCAAAGUUUAGAAACGGCAACGAGGAAAAGGAGAAUUUAAACUCGACUUUCGAACAAGACGACGCGUUUUAUAAGGACAUGGGUAUGCAGCGAACUGUAGACUUGGGUAGGAAUAGCUUAAACGUGACUUUGGACAAACAGGAGUUGAAUGAGAUCAUACAAGCGAGACAGAAGCUGUCUUUGGCUAGAAAAGCCUUGCCCAGUGAUCCUGAUAAACCAAAUCAGCAGGAUCCUAUCAAAACUAUACAGUUGCCGAAUCAAACUAUUACCGUGCCGAGGCAAAGUACGGAGAAUGCAUCAGAACUGCUUUCUAGGAGAAAAGCCAUGAAUGGUGGUUUUGAAAGACACGAAGAACCGCCGACUAGGGAGACACCCAAAAGGAAUGCCACUUUCAAGAAAGUUUCUCCGAAGCAAAGCGCAAUGGACGCUACGGUGGUGUACGUGAAGGCUGAAGAGAAUCAAAAUGUUAUUGAUAUUAAUUUCGCUACUUUGAAUCUUACCUCCGAUCGGACAUUACAGCAGGGGGAAUGGGGUUCCCAAGAGCGGGCAAUGGUUGGUUCCAGUGAGAGUACAGACACGGGGACUUUCAGUUCCUCCAGUCCACCGGAAAGUGUUCCCGAUACAACCACCACACUUGACCAACGACCACACAUUGCUUCGACACCGCUCAUGGCACUGAAAAGGGGGGCAAAGAACGACUUGUUAAACUUGCACAAUACAAUAUCACCCAUAUACGAUAUGGUUGACGACAAAUCGUACACAGUGACUAAAGUGCCUAGUCCAAACAAUUCCGGUAUGGAAAGGACCUACGAUAUGCACAACACGACCGUGAUAAAUAGCGCUACGAUGGUCAAGAAGCCGUCGGCUAAAAGGGAUAUUUUGGCUGGUCGGGUUAGCCCCGAGAAAAGAAGUUUGGUUCAACCGCAAACGCACUCUCCGCCCAGUAGAAUAUCGCCGACGAAUACAGGACCUCAAACAGGCAUGGCACCGCCGUUAGCAGUGCCUAGGAAAACUGGCUUGCCGACUUCCAAGUUUAGACAGUACAGUUCGCAUAGGGAGCUUAGCAGAAUACCUGGCAGUACCGGGAGCGGCGUGGCCCGCGCGCCCGCCGGCAGAGCGAUGGUCCGGCGCGGAGUGUACGCCUCCAACCCGGUGCUGAGUCCCACACAGCCCAAUGCUCCCGUGCCGCCUGUUAGACGGGACUCUUACACCGUGGCCGUGGACCAUGCGCAGUUGAACGCGCAAAGAGAGAGAGAGGAAGAGAGACCUAAGCCCGCGACGGCAGCGCCACCGGCGCUCGUGCGGCAAGGCACGGAAACUCUGCGGCGGGAACGCCCGCAUAGUCAACUGAUGGUACCCAGAGAUCUUCGAGCGGCCGGCAGUGGACUGCAGGCGCCGGCCGCGAUACGAAACCAUCAUAUGCCCCCACCUACAACCCGACCGUAUUCUAUAGCGGGUGUUCAACAGCUGCGGGUCUCCAGGCCUACUUCUGUGCCCGCGCAGAGGCCCGCCCCAACUUCAGUGGUGACGAACGAACCGAGGCCGGUUUCAGCACUGCCUCGCCCUUCCAGAUUGCCUGCGCCAAGAAGAGCGUUAAGGCCACCAUCUGUAUACUCUGUGGCGCCAACUGCAGAUGUCGAUCAUUACUGACAUUUGGUCUGCUGCCCCAACAUUUGGCCGCAGAGUCCCAACUAAUGACUAAAUCUAGAGUAUAAGAAACUACGACUGAUCAGAGAAACGUUGUGUCUUUAAUAACUUUGUUCAUUUUUUUAUACCAACCUAUUUAUUAUUACCCUGGCCAAUUUGCUUUUACUAAAACUAGGUUUUCUAUUUAGAAACUUUUUACAAAUUAAAUUGAUUUUUUUUCUUAAAAUUGGGACCUUGGGGAAGAAAUAUGGCUUUUAGUAUUAUCAAUAGUAGACUUACCUCGUCUAACCACUGUCGAUACUAAUUUUAAUUAUUAUAUUAUCAUUUAGCAAAUUUCGUUCAUCCCAUUACUUUUAUAAGGAAAAAUUGAGAGCAGCUGUAUCGGUGGGCGUUUUAAAAGAUUUUUCGCUCCAUAACUUUUUAUCGCGCAACAAAGUGACAGUGUUGGAAAAGAAUUAUGUAUUUGUCUCACUUUAAAUUAUGUCACUUCCAUAAGAUAGAAAGAGAUGGAGCUAUGAAAGUAACGAGGAACGCGCUGAGAUGUAGUUUCACCAAUUGUUAACCUUCGACCAAUCGUAAAAUUUGAUUUAAAUAAUUUAUUUAUUGACAAUAACUUGUGCUAAACAAACGUGAAAAAAAGUUCAUUUCGGAUAUGUCAAAAUUAAAAGUAUUAUAAAUGUGUUGUUCCCUAAAUAUGAUAACGUUGUUGACAUUAUUUUAUAUAAUUAUAGGUGAGUAUGUUUUCGUUGUUGGAAUAUAAAAACGAAAACUUCAAGGUAUUUUCGACAUUUGAAAAUUUUUCUCCGUGCAAAAUUUUUUAAAAUUGUCCCUGGAAUGGUGAGGUGCGAAAUUCACUUUUCUUACACUGAAAAGUUUCCCAUUUCAACCUCUGGUUAAUGAACAUGCUCUCUCUUUUGUAUAUUCUCAUUUAGUGAAAGCUCAAAAUUACAAAAAUUCUGCCUAAAUCAUGAUUUGGUACAAAGACAUACAAAUAAGAUUUAUUAUUAUUAUCAUACAUUAUAUUAACAAAAUAUUUUUAGCGUUACGUUGACACGGAACUUAGUAAUUUAUUUCGGUGUUAAGAAUUUUGCAUUUUGUUUAGACUUUAUAACUUAUAAGCUGUGUUAUAACUUAUACGCUAACUGUGUGCUUAAAUUGUAAGAAAAAUUUGUAGUAUAUAUAGACUAUAAACACGCACUAUUUGUAUUUUAUUGCAAUAGAAAACUAUUUCAACUGUACCUCCGUCAAACCAUGAACGCAACGCACAGAUCGUAGUGUAUUUAAAUAUAACCAUUGUAUGUAAAUUUUGUAAAUUAGCGUUGCUAUUGUAACGAAUUUUUUACUUGUACAUUUUAACACCUUUCUUAUUUAUAUAUACUCACUGAAUAACAUAUCAAAAACGGAAAAGUAACAUACAAAAAUCACUCAUACAUACCUACAUAAUAAACAAAAAAAAAUCAUAUCUACACCACUCAUAUGAAUAGUUUUUUUAAAUUGUACAUCGACAUGAGUUGGUACGGGCCAUAUACAUAAUAUUAUAUAAUUAAUUUUAAUUGUAUAUAUUUUGUAAACAAAAUUUUUGUACAGCCGAUUGUGAUUAUGUACUGUAAAAUGUAAGUUUGUUUCUGCUUCAAUAUUCGCUGCUGCGCUUUAUAAUGAAGGUUUGUCACUUCAAGAGUAAACGUACUGAGCAAAUAGUUUGUAUUCGAAAAAUAUAUCAAUAUAAUAUCGAAAUAUAUAUAUAUAUAUAUAUUAUUGCAAAUACUUAACAAUUAAAAUCAAACACAAACUAUUUGCCUGGGUUCGUGUUAAUUGGUUGACAAAUUACCUACAUAAUAAAUGUUGAUUUAACAACUUGUCAAUGUAUACAGUCAUCGUGGUGCUUGGAGCGGUUUAAUUUGACUGGUCGUGCCUUAUACAGGUAGUGUAAGAAAUUUUGUUUUCAUUUUCUAAUAAAAUUAUGUAUUUACAAAU